AUGGCGGCUGCAGCGAGGCUUAGCGAUUGUUACGUGGAUCAUUUGAAUAAAGAGCUUCUUGCGUCUGUCUUCCCUCCCAGCUCAGCUUAUGACGUGGUCUCCAGGCAGAAGGUGGCGGUGAAGAAACUCUCCAGGCCUUUUCAGUCUCUGAUCCACAGCCGCCGCUCGUACCGCGAACUUCGGCUUCUCAAGCACAUGAAACACGAGAACGUCAUCGGGCUGCUGGAUGUCUUCACGCCGGCGGGGACACUAGAAGACUUCAACGAGCUCUACCUGGUGACCAACUUGAUGGGCGCAGACCUCAACAACAUCGUCAAGUUCCAGAGGCUGUCGGACGAGCAUGUGCAGUUCCUAAUUUACCAGCUGCUCCGCGGCCUGAAGUACAUCCAUUCAGCUGGACUGAUCCACCGGGACCUCAAGCCAAGUAACGUGGCCGUGAACGAAGACUGUGAGCUCAGGAUACUUGACUUUGGACUGGCCAGACAGACGGACGAUGAGAUGACAGGAUAUGUGGCGACACGUUGGUACCGAGCACCAGAGAUCAUGCUGAACUGGAUGCACUACAACCAGAAUGUUGAUAUCUGGUCUGUGGGCUGUAUCAUGGGAGAACUGCUGAAAGGAAAAGUCUUGUUCCCCGGCAGUGACUAUAUCGACCAGCUGAAGAGAAUCAUGGAGGUGGUUGGCACCCCGACACCGGACCUGCUGAAGAAGAUCUGCUCCGAACACGCCCAGAAGUACAUCCAGUCUCUUCCCUUCAUGCCCCAACAAGACAUGGAAAAGAUCUUCAGGGGAGCAAACCCUCUUGCCAUCGACCUGCUGAAGCGCAUGCUGGUUCUGGAUUGUGAUGAGCGGAUCUCGGCCAGCGAGGCCCUGGCCCACCCUUACUUCUCGCAGUACCACGACCCAGACGACGAGCCGGAGGCUCCGCCUUACGACCAAACGCUGGAGAGCAAGGACCGGACUCUGGAGGAGUGGAAAGAGCUGGUGUUUGAAGAGGUGAGCAGCUUUAAGGCGUCGGGCAGUAAGACAGACAGCCUCCAGGUGGAGCAGUAAGGCCCCCUCUGCUCCACCGCCACCCAGACCAACAACCACACACUCACUGGAUGCAAAACAGACCAUGGAGAAAAGCAACAUUAAUUGUGUUUGAUUGUUUUUGACGUGAAAAGGGCAACGGCGGUCUACAUGGGGACCAGACGCACAAACAUUCCGGCCGCAGGGAUCGUGAUUGGGAUGGUGUUAAAAAGGACAUCUCUGCUGCAGAAAGUCGCUUCCUGUUACAUUUUUGCUGACGGAUGGUGAAAUGAGGAACCGUUUGGGUGCCGAAAGGAUUGGUGGGGGGAGGAACUUUGGGUUGCAGAUUUGUGCUUACAGGCUGAGAGAACGGUAAAGACAAAGGUAUAAAUACGCACACUAGGAUUUCCAAAGCAACGUCAGGGACAUACCACCCAUCAGUUCCAUGAACCUAGUGCUUUCAUUUAUGGGAUUCAUCUUUGACCUUCUGGAGUUCCUUUGUUUGGUUCGGCACCAACUACGUUUAGAAAAUGACAGAGACAUUUCAUGAACAAACCUUUUUUUUAAAAUAUUAUUGCCAUUUAUAACUUCAAUUAUCAUCAUGUAAUAAUAGUUACAAAGGUUUUGGAAUUUUAACCCCUUAAAUGUCUAUUUUAGUGAUUAAAUGUCUCAAAUUUUUAAGGGAAAAAAACCCACAGUUGUUUUUUUCCCCCAAAUCUGUUUAUGAAAUUGAUCGAUUUUACACAACAAGAAAAUUAUGAAGGAAUUUCAACACCAGGGAGAAUAGAAACUAAACUCCAACUAAUCUCAGAUUUCAUUGGUAGUGUGUUCUAAACAUGGAGUUCGAAUGGUAGUCAAUGGCAACACAAAUAUUAGAAGGAACACAGUUUGUGACAUUUGACUUUAAAGGUAAGGUCAUGUGUAACACAGGCUGCACUAACAAACAGGUUUUUCUAAACAAAAUAAUAAUAAUAAUAAAAAAGCCCACAAAGAACAAGUAGAAGGACCCAGAAGGUUAAAGGUCGCCUGCGUUACACUGAAGCAUGAUUUAUUCUCAUUUUACAGUCGUGUCUUAUAACUGGUACUGUAUUGUAAUCUCUCUCUGUUUAUAAUGCACAAUAGCAGAAUUUUCAACUUGUCCAGUCAAACAAACUACUGCUUCAUCUCUCCUGCCUAUUUACACCUGAACACCAACUGUGCUGUUAUUAGCAAGGUAAUGAAUAUAUGCCAAAGCUGGAAGAGUGUGACAGCGCUGCAGGUGUGUGUUUACUCUGGAACCUCGCUCUCAUACACGUCCUGCUGGCGGCUGAUUGUUUUAUCACCUGUUAGCUUUGGCUGCUCUGCUUCAGGCUCCUUGGUUUGCUGCCCGUUUGUGAGUUUACAUUGAUUAAUGUUAAAUUCUGCAAACAGCCUCAGUCCGUAUCUAUCCAAUAAAGUACAGGAGUCUCAUAUAAUGUGGGGAUCAAUCAAACAACGCAACGUUCUGGCUGUUUAUGGCCACUAUAAAGCUCUGUUUGUGCUCUCCAGGUCUAAAAGAAGGUCUUAAAAGAAAAUAGAGUCUAGCCAGGGUCAGAGCAUUGUCGGCUUUGUUUAGUUCCGUCUCUGUCUUUCAUCCUUAGCGCAACGUUUUUGCCCGACAUCAUCUGAUGCAAACCCUCAGUUGAAAUGCAUGAGACGCGUGUAGUCGGUGCAUGUGCACAUCGUCACAGCGCGUCGUCCGUGUCUUGCUGCACACUGGAGUUUUGUUCGGACCGUUUGUUCACAAAAACGAAUGGCUACACUGAAAUACGUGAGGUUUCUAAAGCAGGUGGAAGAUUACAAUAUUUUAGGGUCCUUCUAGAGUGUGCUAGGCAUGGGCUGGUAUGAGAUUCACCCUCUUCUACAUCACAAACAUAAAAAUACCACAGUGUCUCUCUGUUUAAAAUGUUCAAUAUAUAAACAAUGAUAUUUAGUAAGGAUUGAAACAAUAUGGAAACGUCCUAUAAUCGUGCGACGCAUCACAUUCACAUAACCAAACAGAUCCCACAUGACCAACCUCCUGCUUCUGGAACACAAACAAGAUGGAAAUAAAAUCAGUCAUUAAUAUCGACCCAGUUUCACUUAUCAGAUCAUGUUAAAAAUGACCAACAUCAGCAUGUAAACCGAUAUAUAUUGUGGAUUCCUAAAAUAAAAUUCCAGUGGAUUCCAGAAAUAAAAAUUCAUAUCAUUAUCUAGUUGCUACAUGCCAGCGAUCAAAGUACAAUCGAAAUACUACAAACAAAAUAACACGGCAUAUUGAUUAUUACAGUAGUAUAAUACAGCAUGUACUUAUUGUUUUUGGUAAACAGACUAUUUUUAAAAUGUAGAACAAAUAUGUGGUAAAUGAAUCAGAUGAGUCAGGUGGCCAGCCGGACAUCCUGCUUGUAAAUUUAUUGUUUAAAAUGGUUCUAAAAAGAGUGAUGGCUGGUGCUGCCUUACUUUCCACUCUACCCCAACUAUCCACAACUGUAAGUAUUUCCAAAUUACCAGAUGUGUUUUCCUUGUGAAGUACAUUAGUUUUAUUUCAGCCAGCUGACCGAGCUGACUGAAAUAAUGCAAUCUGAAUAAAACUAGUGACAUUAUGAUGACACCAUCUUUUCAUAUCAUUAUAAAAAACUUUAAAACAGAAUGGGAGAAACUUUUAGCAGCUUGAAAAUGAAAUAUUUGAUACACCUUGAUACCAAUGACUGGCCCGUGCCUAGAACAGAUCUAUGUUAAUUAAAAAAAAAUUGUUAAUUGUAUUAAUUUAGAUCAAGUUUGGGUAAGAUUUUUACAGAAGCUAAUGCUAAUGAAUUUGUUUAUAAGACCCCGAUCACGUUGCCCAACAGGCUAGCUAAAAUGCUAGCAUUUUUCUAGUAUUAGCUUUGUUAGCUCAUUGGGUUUAAAUCUGUUGUAAUGUAACUAGAAGCAUUACAGUUUUAGAAUUUCAGGCAUUUCUGUAAUCUAGAAAUCUGUAAUUUACCAUUUUGUUUUUUAUCCAAAUGCACAAAAUCAAACUGUGCUUUUGGUUAAAUUCACUCAUUUACAUAAUGCUAAAUUAGCAGCACAAAGAGCAUAUGUUUACAAGUACAGUCCAAAAUGUUUUUUUUUUUAAAGGUUUUUUUUAUUUAUAAUUAUUUCUUUUGCUUUCAUGUAGCAUUUUCAGCAAGUUGUCCAUUAACACAGGAUGAAAAAUAUUGAGACUAUUGUCCUAGUAAAUCGAAACGGUCUCCGUCUGAGUACUAAAAGUCUGAAUGUUUAAACAUGAUGUGUUUAUGUUAAUGUAUCUGUGGUGAACUUGAAUAACAGCUACAUACUGAAUGUAUAUGUUUACUGUACGUAUGUUUGUUAAAAGUUAGUGGUGACUUUGAAUACAUGUUGGCAUGUGAUUCAGUUGUUUGGGUUUCAGAUCACUGCAAGGAAUGUCAGCUCUUUUAUCAACAGAUAGUUAUGGAAGUUCAAGCUUCAACAGAAUAAAUACUAAAGUUUUUUUUUUUGCACCAAAUAUUUUCAGUGAUUUUUAUGUAUUCUGGCUGUAUUAUUAAAGAAAAUGUG